AUGCUCUUCAACAAGCUCCACGCCGAUAUCGAGCCAUUCUACACCAACCUCGAGAUCGCAGCGGCCCCCAAACCAUGGCCGAAACUAGCGGAUGGCGUUCCACGCCGUGCUAGCGUCAGCAGUUUCGGCUUCGGAGGCACCAACUCGCACGUUAUCGUCGAGAACUUUGUGCCUCCCACUCCUCCCAUGCAGGACACCGAGCCUCUCCUUCCUUCCCGGCCGUUCACACCCUUCAACUUCUCCGCUGCUUCGGCAGGUGCCCUGAGAGGGGUCCUGUCCGACUACGCAGAAUACCUCCGAUCCCACCCCGAUACCAAUCUCAACGAUCUCGCCUACACGCUGUAUGCCCGGCGAUCCCACCCGCCCUCCGGGCCAGCAUCCCGGCCACGUCGGCAGCAGAGCUCCUGA